AAAACAAACAUGGCUUCCGUCAACAACAUUAACACGUUGCAGAAAAACAUGUUUAAGAAAAACACUAUAUCUAAGACAAUUUUUCGAUGGUUUGCAAUGAUCUGUUUAAUAACAACUUUAUUUAAACUCUCUGCAGCAGAUGCACUCGAUGAAAGUGGCAAAGUUUCUCCAGAAACACGUAAAACAGACGAGAUCACAACAAAUGCAGACGACAAAAUAUUUGAAAACGAGGAAGAUGAAUUACAAGUUACCUCUGGAAACAAUCUUCCUGACGAGCAAACUCUAAAAACAGAAGAGGACGAUUUUUAUUCGUUUAAUGUUACAGAUAUAACUGGAAUUCCAGUUUCAUUAGAACAAUACAGAGGACAGGUUUCCCUCGUUGUAAAUGUGGCAUCAGAGUGUGGAUUCACAGAUGACCAUUAUAAAGGCUUGGUGAAGCUGCAUGAGGCUUACAGAGAAGAGGAUUUCAAUGUGCUGGCGUUUCCCUGCAAUCAGUUUGGAGCCCAGGAACCUGCUAGCAACCAUGAAAUAGAAAGGUUUGCUAAGACAGUAUUCCAAGUUGACUUCCCGAUAUUUGCCAAAGUCAAUGUGCUAAAUGACGAUGUGCCAGAAGCAUGGAAUUACCUCAUAGACCGUGCAGGAGAACCACCAAACUGGAAUUUCUGGAAGUACCUGGUAGAUUGUGAUGGACGCUUGAUGAAUGCCUGGGGUCCAUGGGUAGCUGUUUCAGAAAUUUAUUACAAUGUGGAACAAGCAAUUCAAGAUUGUCAGGAAAAGAAUAAGAUUGGUGCUGUGGUUACAGAAUCUACGUCUACCACAGAUCCUCACGGAGGAGAACUGUGAGCAUUGAAAUGGAUUUAAUAUGGCUAUUUUUUCAAUAGGUUAGUGCUGUUGUAAUACUUGUACUCGUUCAUGUAGGUCUGUCUGUUUAGAAAUACACUAUAAAUCCACCGUUUAACUCAGUACUGGCAGACCUUUGGAUUUUUUGGCACUAUUUUAAGAUAUUUAUGUCUCAUGAUAUUUUGAAUCUGCUCAAUUUGCUGCUGUGCUUAUUAUUGAAUCUCAGAACUUUCACCUCAGUUCUAUAUAUAUAUAACAGUUUGAUAUUGUUUAGCCAACAUACAUUUAAUUUUUAUUCUUUUUAACAAACAACACUGUAUAGCAUAUCUGACAGAUACUUACAUGUACCAGUAUUAAACUAGAAUCAAAAUAUCAACACAUUGAAUAAUCAUUAAAUAAU